GGAGGCACAUUCUAAGUUUCCAAGUUUGAUGGGAAGAACUUAGAAGCGUCAGCUGUGUCUCUGACAGGUUGUGGGGAUUCAAGUGUAACGUUAAACAACGGACCACGGAGACAGACAAAGCCUCUAGGGGGUCAUGUCUGGUGGCACUAGUUCUAACAACAGCUGGACCAUUCUCACUCCUGAGGAGACUGUUGCUGAAACCCUGAAGCCCCUGGCGGAGAGGGCAGAGCACCAUGAAGAAAGCCUUAUGGCUGCAGCAGCUAUGUCUGUGUUUGAUGAGCCAGGCGCUGGGCUAAACCAGCCCACAAAGGGUGUAGCAUCUACGGUGCAAUCCCCUGUGGAGGGCCACCUGGUAUCAGAGCCAAGUGGAGACACAGGCACAGAGCCCACCACCUCUUUGGAUGUCUCCAGCAGCUCUGUUCCUGGCAACAAUGCUCUCGGCCAUUCAGAGGGUCUACCUGAGGGCCUGGCAGAGUCCAGCUCUGACCCUGAUUUAUUCUCUGACUCCUGCACCCACGUUACCCCCUCCUCUGAUGAGCCCCCAGCCUUUCUGCUGAGCACAGAGACUCUGGGAGAGGGGCAGUUUACACAGGAAGAACAGAAGCUUGCCGAAGAAGAAACACUGCAUCUCCUAAGUGGGGCAGAGUCACAACAAGAAGGGGAGGCAUCAAACGUGUCUCAGCGGAUAACUGACUUAGGGACCCAGGCAGACUCCCCUGUGUAUUCAGAAGUUGGUGAGGAGAAGAUCGGAGAAGAGGGAGAGCCAGAGGUGAGAAAGAGGAGGUUUCUCUUAGCAAAUCUGGAGCAGAUCGGACGGACAGAAGAGGAAGAGGAAGUAGAGGAAGAAUUUCAAAUGCCACGGCGAGUGGAAGAGGGUGGAUUCUCAUUGAACAAGUGUAUCCUGGGUGCACUCAUUCUGUUAGGCCUCGGCACCAUCUUUUUCUCAGGUGUCUUCAUGGACCUGGAUGAGGGUAAUUUGGAGAGUGACUAUGGUACAGGGGAACUGAAAGCUUCAGAGGUACCAGGAAAACAGGAGUUGCUUAGUCCAGAGGUUCCUCCAUCCCCAGUAGAAGCUGACAGAGAGAUUCUAAAUAAAUUGGCCAAAGGGAGCCAACAAAUUUCAGUGCUUCAAGCCCAACUUCAGGCACAGGAAGAAGAGCUAAAAGUAGCCAAGGGACAGGCAGCAGAGGGAGCGAAACAGCGACUGCUGUGGGAGGAGAUGGAGAGGGAAAACAGUAGGUUGAAGACAGAGAUGGCAUCUCUCACUGUCCUUCAGAAAGAAAACGAGAAGAUGAAGAGAGAGCUGGACUCUAUGUCGGCCCUACAGAGAGAACUAGAAACACUGAGAUCCACUGUGACAGAAUUAAAACUUUCCUCAGCAAGUGAAGCAUCUGAAGCACCUGUGAAGAUGACUACAUCGCCCCCCAGUGGCCAGCCAGAGGACACCAGGCAGGGGACUGCUGGAAGUGCAGAAAGGCAGGCAAGGAAACUGUGGGAUGACCAGAAGCAAAAGAAGAAAAAUGGGAAGAAGGAUAAAUAUGACACUGGUGAAAAGAAUAAGUGGAAAGAGACAGAAAAAGUUGAAUGGAAAGAAGGAGAGAAAAGGGAUUACAAAGAUGUAGGUAAAUCUGAAUGGAAAAAGGAAAAACAUGAGCAAGGAAAGACUGUGAAGGAUACCAAAGGCAAGCACAAGAGCCACAGUGAUGAGACAAAACAAUGGAGGGAGAAAGACUGGAAAAAAGAGAAGGCUAGCAGAGGUGAUGAAGGAAAGCCAUGGAAGGCUAGGAAAGAGGAGAAAGAGCAGGUAGAGAAAAGUGAGAGAAAAGAAUGGAAGGAGGAGAGAGACCAGAAAAAGGCAAAGCAUGGAGAAGUGAAUGAAGGUAAACAAUGGAGGACUAAAGUGGAGAAGGACUGGGAGCAAGGAAAUGACCAUGGAGAGAAGCACAAGGGCAAAGAGGAAUGGAAAGGAGAAAAGGAAUGGAAGAAAGUGAAAGAUGGCUCUAAGGAAAGUGGCAAAGAGAAAAGGAGGAAUAAAGACUGGAAGGAGAAAGGAGAGAAGAGAGAGUGGAAGAGUAAAAAUGGAAACAAUCCAGAUAAAGAAGGAAAAGAAGAGGGAGAAAGGAAACUGUGGGAAGAGAGCAAAAAUCAUGGUAAAGAAAGGAAGAGAAAGGAUGAGGGGAAACAGUGGGGUGAAAAUGAGUGGAGGAGUAAAACUGGUAAACAUGACAAGGAGGGGGAAAGGAAGGAUGAGAGGAAACAUUGGGGAAAGAAAGAAGAGUGGAAGAGAGCAGGCGCGAAAGAGAGAGAGCACAGUGGAGAGUGGAACAAAGACGGCUCAAGCUCUCAGCAACACAAAGAUGAGCACAAAUUUACCAGUAAACACUACCAUGAAGAGCAUGUGUGGGGUGACGGGAGUCCCCCUCAAACACACCACCGACCCUCCCUGGACCAGCCUGAAUACUGGGUCCAACAGAGAGACCACCUCCAGCACAUCCUCAAACCACCACAGCACUGCAACUCAGUGGAGACCUGUGCUCAGGCGGAGGGACUGAUCCCUGUCCCCUUAUUUGAGUUUGAGGUUAUCCUCCAAACUUACCUAGCCAAAGCAGAGGAGGUGGGAGUGGAGGCUUUCAAAAGAGAGGAGCUCAUGAAGCUAGUCACAGAGUUCUUCAAGGAUGGAGUGUUUGUUCAUGACCAAAUGCAGUUUCAAGAAUUUGUGGAGGAAGUUAGUGAUAUUUUAGAACACAUGGUGGAAGAGGAUGAGAAUGAGGAAGAGGAGGAUAGCGCCAUAGAAGAAGAAAUGGAAGAGUUUGAACGCGAAGUGAUGAAAAGGUUUUCAGCCCCAGGAGCUAGAGAGAGAAAGAGAGUCGACAAGGAGUGGAAGAAGGAGAAUGGACGAGGUCAUGGUUGAAGUGAAAACAUGGGUGGAUCUGUCAGAAGUAGCUAAGAGGAGUCGUGGCAGAUGAGGGGCCGUUCAGAGGGAACACUUCUUUUUGGACCACAGAUACAUGUAUACAUCUUUUUUUUUUACAGGAUAUUAUUUACCACUUUGAUCUGUUGUCCAAGUGAUAAUUUAUGUGUCACUGUUUCUGGAAGUUUGGUAUUUCACAUGCACAAUGAUAGAGAAAGGGCUUACAUCUACUGUACAUCAGCUAAUGUGUUUUGAGAUGGACUUGAGAGAAAAUGUCGCUGGUAAAGCUUAGUCUUUGUGUCCAUAGCCAACUCUUAAAACCCCAACAACUAAGUUUUUGUUUGGGGCCGAGCACCUGCAGCUGAUCAUGAACACCCGCUCGUGUGAAAAUAUCUUCUGUAGACGGCGUUACGUUCUCCCUCUGCAUAGAGGAGAAUAAUCCUGUUAGAGUUGGCUGCUUCUCUUCUUUAACUCUCAUCUUUAGUAUAGUGUUUCCCACAUGCCGUCCUCAUUAAAUUGCUCUAGCAUGACUUCAGUCAUUAAGAGAUUUUAUACUGGGUGGUGUGAAACAAACGGGUGAAUAUUUGAUAAGACGUUAGAAACGUGCUGAUUUUGUUUUUGAAUGUUUGUAUAUGCUGCAGUAGACGUGUUUAUGCAGAAAUAUUUAGUUAACUUAUCUAAUAUUGGCAUAAUAAUAGACUUAAAACAACUGGUGGACGCAUGAAAUAUUGACAUGUUGAACAUGUAUGCCUAUUUUCAGGUACAAAAAAAACAAACAUGCUGUGCACUAAAAUGUCUAUCAUUAUAAAGGUAACUUAUAUUUAUUAGAUUUGUCGUGGCAAAUGGAUUUGAGAAAAGCUGUUUUUAUUUGUUUACACACUAACCACUGAAAUGUUCAGGAGCCUACGCUAACAGAAUAGGUCACUGCAGAAUCAUACACUGUGUGGGCUUUGUAUGUUAGGGUGUGUAUUUUUGCCCAUAUUAGUAUCAUAAGGACAGAAUAAUAAAUGUGAUGAACAAUAUGG